AUGCAGGGAGACACUUUGAACCCGCUGCUAUUCUGUCUAGCCAUUGCUCCUGUCUCUUACUGGAUUCAACGCCACACAAUGCCAUACACAACAAAAACAAGGAACCGUACCAACGGGGCCCUCCAGGUCGAACAUAUCCUCUACAUGGACGACCUGAAAAUUUACUCACCUAACAAGGAUGAUAUGACGCUAGCGAGGCGAGGAAUCCAAGACAUGUUUGGAUCACUAGGGCUGGAACUCAACACACGAAAGUGCGCUUCACGUAGUCUAAACUGCGCUUCCUCCGGGCAAGUGCAAUUGGACAAUAUUCCAAUUCUUGGAGGAGCAAAAGAGUUGCAUAAGUAUUUGGGUGCUGAGCAGAACAGCUUAGUCCGCGUCGGGGAAUUAUUUGACAGAGUGGUGAGUGCAGCGAUGGAGACCGCUAAGCGACUUCAGCGACCUGACGGUUCGCCAGAAAGUCAGGUCCAGAAAGAGCUGUUCUCCAGCGACCUGACGGUUCGCCAGAAAGUCAAUGGGUUCAACCAAAUAGUGAUCCCAAAGCUUAAAUACGCCAUCUCGUGUGUCAUUUUUGGAGCCGGCAAACUAAGUACGCUCAAAAAACGUGCAAACAGAUUUGACGCGAAGGUCCGCAAGGUUAUCGAAGAGUCUCAUUUGAGAUUCCGAAGCAACUGCGCGGCAAGGCUGUAUGUAGACAAGGAGUCAGGAGGACUCGGACUGAAGUCAGUGGAAAAUGAGCUAGAGAUUAGCAUCGCGUAUUCGUGGUGCUAUCUAGCAACGAGCACCGACCUCCUGGUCUCAUACGAGUUGGCUGAGUGGUUUCAUGCGAGCAAUAAACGAUCAAUAAUUUCGGACUUCCAGAAGGUACUUGUUACCAAUGGACUCGAACGAAGAGUGUCAAGAGCGAUUCUAACGAGUCGUCGUGGACAGCAAAACGUACUUCAACGCAACUGGGGCCGCGCGAGCGAUCUCUGCGCUGAUCCGAACCAGGUGGGCUCAGCACCAAUUACUGGCUUGAAGAAGCAAAGAAGUAGCUAG